AUGAAGUUCUCUAGUAUUGCUAUCACUAGUUGCUUUGCAGCCCUAUGGGCUGCGGCCCCUGUCACUGCCAAGUUUGCUUACGGUGUGCCGUGGGCGGCUGACAAUCGUUGGGCUGGUUCCGUAACUAACAAGACUGUGUCAUGGUACCACCAUUGGGAGGAUGGACCAGUUAGCAACAUCCACAAAAAAGUUGAAUAUGUUCCUAUGUACUGGGGACCUAAAAAGAAGGGAGAUUGGCAUCAUCGCAAGGCCUACAUUGAGAAGCACAAACCCAAGAACAUCCUAGCAUUCAAUGAGCCAGACAUUGAAUCGCAGGCUGCUAUGACGCCGAGUGAGGCUGUGUCGGAAUUUAUGAAGGAACUCCAACCUUUCGCUGACAAGGGUAUUAACGUCAGUUCUCCUCAGAUGGUGUACGACAUUGGCUGGCUUGAAAGCUUUAUGGACAAAUGCAAAGCUAAGGGCUGCAAGAUUUCGUUUGUUGCCCUUCACUGGUACGGUGGUUACCAGGAUAUUGAUGCGUUCACACGCUGGAUUGACACCGUUUACAACAAGUUCAAACUGCCUAUUUGGGUCACUGAGUUUGGUGUUACUGCCGCCUCUAACCCGAAUGCUGAUCAAGUCAAGGACUUUAUGGAAAAAGCUAUUGAUUGGAUGGGAUCGAAGGACUAUGUUGUGCGUGCUGCAUGGAAUGGUUGCUAUAAUAUGCACAAUCCGCCGGAUGAAUUCGCUACUCCUUUGAAUGCCUUCUUCAACAAUGGUGGUGCUCUUCGUGACACUGCUCAUACUUGGCUGGCCGGCAAAAAGAAUGGUAACGGUGAUGGUAACAAUCAGGGCUCCAAUGGCAACUCUGGCGGCAACUCUGGCGGAGACUCUGACGGAGACUCUAUUUGGGACUCUAUUUGGGACUCUAUUGGUUCACACCACGAUAAAGACAAGCGUCAACUGGCUCACGCGGUGAUGCAGAAGCGCCGCGGUAACUACGAAUGGGUUUAA